AUGAUAUUAGCUGGGGUCAGGACUAAGUGGAUUCACUACGAGUUGGAACAUGCACAGCAGGGAUUUGGAGGACCACAAGUUUACAGAGGGGACAGAGACAUGCAGAACGUCUGCAAGCUUGAUCCUGGGGCUCUGAGCACUGUUACUAACACAAUGAUGCGUCAGAAACACUAUCGGAGGAGAGAGUUACGGGAGAGGAAAGGUCCGACGGACUCUACCUCCUGCUCAUCGCUUCACACCAGGACAUCAAAGCACAACCGUCCGCUUCUCUCCCUCCCGCGGUGCGGCGCUCCCUCAGUGCCCCCCCCCCCGCGGUGCGGCGCUCCCUCGGUGAUUAGUGUUCACGUCACGGGCUCCGGACAUUCCGCAGUUGGCGCUGCGGGAACCUCCUCCGCGUCCCAGGACUCGGCAGUCGGCGGCGCAGCUCCCAUGGACUCCGGCCGCGCCCCGCCGCUCCUCCUGUGUGUGCUGACGGUUAUGUGCGCGGCGCUGGACCAGGACUGCCCCCCGGAGUUCGUCACGGUGCAGGGGCCCCAGGGCAGACCCUGCUGCUCGCGGUGCCGACCAGGUUUCUUUUUGAAAGAAGAGUGUACUGCGACCUCCAACUCUGUCUGCGUACCGUGCCCACCCAAAUCAUAUUCCGCACAAUGGAACAACAUGUUUUCUUGUCUCCGCUGUGCUGAAUGUGGAUACGAAGGGAUGCAGUACAAGAGGAGCUGCACGCCCAGCUCAAAUGCCGAGUGUGAAUGCAGUAAGGGCUAUGUUUGCGAAGACAGUGAUUGCAUUAGAUGCAUCCUACAAGAUGAAGAUGUGAAAAACAUUCCUUGCUCUUCAGGGACAUUUUCCAGCACAGGAACCGAGCCUUGCAAACCGAGGACCAAUUGCACAAGCCUGGGUCAUGUCGAAAUAGCAGCUGCAAAUCAAAUGAGAGAUGCCAUCUGUGAUAAUGCCACAGAGAUAACCACCAUGAAGGGAGGUUCUGCUCACAUUGUGAAGGUUGUAACAAACAUUGUGGCCUUCACCAGCCUUGGCCUGCUCUGUCUGUCAGUUGGACUGCACAUCGCUACAUUCAGGAAGAACAGAGGAAGAGAAUUUAACUUGUUACCAGAUGAAACGCAAGCAACACCUCCAAAUACAUUAUCUGAAGACACCUACAACAUCCACUUCCCACAGCAGGAAUGUGGCAUCUCACCCAGAGAGAAAGAGCAUGGAGUACACCUGUGUUGAAGUACCUUGUGUGUGAAGACCUUGUGUUGUAAAGGAUGACUUACAGGGACAGAGUGGGCUUUCUUCAGCUUUGCUAACCAGUGGGCUUUAUGUUCACUGUUGUCUGACUGCGCUGUAAAUUGCUGGAAUGCUGGUUGGGAAUGACACCUCUUGAAUACUGUGCCUAUUGGCUUAUCUCCCAUGGUCAGGAAGGAAAACAGGAAUGGACGGGGAAUUGGAGGUAGUGGUGCAUUCCGUGCACUCUCAUACUCGGGAGAAGAAAGGAAGGAAAACAAAGAGCUCUCUGGGUGAUGAGCAGCAGAGAGAGAGAGUGAUGAAACAAGGGGGCACAUGACACGUCAGGUGAAUAUUUCAAGUGAGAUCUAGGCUGCUUAGAGUAUGGAGGGAGAAUAUGCAAGCAGGGAAGUUAGGCUAGAACUAGUUAGGCCGGAACUAGUUAAGCCACAGCUUGAGCACUGUGUCCCAUUCUGGACAUAAUACUGGAAGGUGCGAUUUCAUAAGACAGGAUGCAGUGGAGGACCAAUGACUAUUCACCUCAAUUGUGUCCCCUUCUCCUCCUCCUCCACUCUCAGCCUAUCUGACCUUUUCUCACGGCUACAGUUUUCCAGUCCAGGGGUUGUGGAAGGACUGAUUAUCCUUUCCAGAGGGAUCAUAAACCAAGGGUCUAGUUUUAAGGUAAUUGGUAGAGAAUUAAAGAGGAAAUGAGAGGGGAAAAAAAUCACCCCAAGGGUGGUGUGGGGGUGGCAAAAAGCCUGAAAGGGUGUUGGGGACAAAGACCUUCAAGUAAAAGGUUCACAUAAAAGGCUAGUUAGCUAAACUGUAGCCCAUGGAAUAAAGGGGGUAGUGGCAAUAUAGAUUUAAAAAAUGUUAGCUCAAGGACAAAGCAGAGUGUCAUGGUAAACAGCUGUCUUUAAGAGGUCAGCUGUACUAUAUAUCAAAGUUGUAGUCCUAAUGAUUUGGUGAAGGGUGUGUGGGGUAAAGUUUCCAAAUUCGUAGAUGGAAGUCUGGUAGACAUUGAAGAGGACAAUGAUAGACCAAAAGGACAUAACUGAAUGGAAUGGGCAGACAAGUGGCAGAUGAAAAUUCAUCCAGGGAAGUAAUAUAUCUAGGUGGAAGGAAUGGAAAGAGACAAUAUAGACUCAAUGGGCCAGUUCUAAAGGGACUGGGCAUAUAUUGUAAGAGUCUCUGAAAGGGAUAAAAUAUGUUGAGAGGAAUCUACCACUUGUGGAGAAAACCACCUUUGAAUACAAGUCGAUCAGCAAUUGUCUGCAUGGAAUAUCCUCAAAAACUUUCAGCUGGAUCCUGCUGAUAGUCACUUGGCAGAAUGCCUCAUCACCAGAACAUUCAAACAAGGUCAAAACGUGUCUGGCUGCUUAUGGGAAGGGCCCCCCCUCUCACAUCCUUCAUGCAUGGUUGGAAUCUCAGCACCAUCGCAUGCUGCCUGAAUUUUGAUGGUCUUCCACAUGAAUUGGCACACUCCAAGGUUCAGGACCUGGUGUGGAGACACCCUGAAUCUUUGGACAGCUGUCACGGAGGCUGGAGUAAGGCCAGAGGUCAGGGCCCUCCUGCCAUUGCAUAGCAAGAGGCCAGAACCUAUGGCCUAUGCAAGGAUAAUGUCCAUAUUGGAAAAUCUUUGACAUGUAAACGUCAGUUCAGUUGUCUGUGAGUGGAGUCAUGCACUGUACCUGAUCAAGGUGAACCAUAUUGACCUUCAUGACUUGUAACAUUUUGACAGUA